AUGAAGCUCUCCGGAUCCCUUGCCCUCAUGGCUGCAUUCGUGGCCGUCGGCAACAGCAAGCCGCUCCCGCCCCUUGACACCGCCGACAACUGUAUAGUCUGCAUCAAGCGCUGCACUCAGCGAGACACGUUGAACUGCAUCGAGACCUGCAGGGACGAAAUUUGCAAGGACGUCGACCUCUCCGAGUUCAACAUCUUCAAAAUCCCGAUCCCCAUCAUUCCGAUCGAUGCAGCGGCAUCCUCGUAG